ACUACUAGUAUUUUAAUUAUUUGACCAAAAUAUAUUAACAUGACAUCAGUUGGACUAGUGAAGAAUAAGGCCCAACAAAAAAAAACUAAUACACUACACAAGACAAGAAUAAAGCCCAUUUCGAUUCAUUUCUUUUCUAGAGAGAAAAAAAAAAAGAAAAGCAAAAAAAGAAAAUUGAAAUACAAGAGAAAAAAAAAUAGAAGAAGGAAGCCCGAAGCCGAAGCCGAAGCCGCAGCUUCUUCUUUGAAAACCAAGUGUAAUUGUGAGCCAUGGCUUCCUCCUUCUCCACGCUCAACAACCGAUCACCUCCCUUCUAGCUCACCUUCUAACGGCAGCAACGGCAAAACACAAUCCCCCAGUUCCCUAGUGAGGCCCAGUCCUCGACUACUCAAAACGACCCGCUACAUUGGUCAUGAAUAAGCAGUUUUGUUCACGACAUCUGCCUUCUGCGGCUCUUCCAGCACUACUCUCAUCGGGCCACCACCUUCGUCUUGUUAUUUUCUAAUAUUUCUCCUCUUGCUCUUUUGAAGGGUAAUGUUGGAGAAAGUUUUCCUGUUUUCAGAGUGCUUUUAACUGUCACUCUGAUAAAUGGCUGCGUCCUAUUAAGGAAUUCCCUAGAGUGGUCUCUCUAUGUUUUCGUUGAAUGUUUUCCGUCAAUUCCUCAAAACGAUUCCCCCUUUCUUGAAUCCAGUGAACUCUAGGGCUUUUACCUCACAGAAACAUAUCCAGCAGAGAAAACGUGUAAAAUAUUCCAGUCCAAAAAUUAAAAAAUCUCCUACCUCUGAAUCAUCAAUCAAGAAGCAUGAUGUGGAGACAGAAAAUUAUGCAAGACAAAGAAUCACCAAAAUCUACAACCUUUUGAAGUACUCAACCUGGGAUUCUGCUAAAGAACAGCUGGAAAACCUCUCUGUGAAAUGGGAUUCCUACACUGUCAACCAAGUCCUCAAGACUCACCCUCCAAUGGAAAAAGCUUGGCUCUUUUUCAACUGGGCUGCCAGCAGGAAAAGUUUCAGGCACGAUCACUAUACCUACACUACUAUGAUUGAUAUUUUUGGGGAGGCGAGGCGGAUUUCUUCGAUGAUGUAUGUUUUCAAUCAAAUGAAGGAGAAAGGGAUCAAGAUUGAUGUUGUUACGUACACUUCGCUGAUGCAUUGGAUAUCGAAUGAUGGGGAUGUUGAUGGAGCAAUUGAUUUGUGGAAGGAGAUGAGGGUGAAGGGCUGCCGACCGACUGUUGUUUCGUACACUGCUUACAUGAAGAUUUUGUUGGAUAGUAAAAGAGUGGAUGUAGCUGCUGGUGUUUACAAAGAGAUGCUGGAGUCUGGCCUGUCGCCAAAUUGCCACACAUACACGGUUCUUAUGGAGUAUCUUGCAUCUUCUGGUAAGUUUUCUGAAGCCAUUGAGAUAUUUUACAAAAUGCAAGAUGCUGGUGUGCUACCUGAUAAAGCUACAUGCAAUAUUUUAAUUGAAAUCUGUUGUAAUACUGGGGAAAUAUGGGCAAUGGUGAAAAUUCUUGAAUUCAUGAAGGAAAAUUUCUUAGUCCUCCGAAAUCCUGUUUAUCAAAAAGCACUUAAAACUUUUAAAUUUGCUGGGGAGAGCGACACACUUCUGAGGCAAGUCAAUCAGCACUUCUCUGCAGAGUACUCUGAUGAAGAUGAUAUAGUGUUGCACAAUAGUGAAAUUGGUGUGGAGAAUGGCCUUGUAUUGAACUUCAUGAAUAAGAAAAAUCUUGUUGCUAUUGACUCUUUACUUACUGACAUGGCGGAUGAGGGUGUUCAGUUAGACUCUAAGGUGGUCUCUGAUAUUAUUGAGGUAAACAUUGCUCGGCAAAGACAAGAUGGAGCUUUAUUGGCAUAUGAUUAUAGUGUGAAAUGGGGCAUUAAUAUUGAAAGAAGUGCCUAUCUUGCUUUAAUAGGCUUCUCAAUUAGAGCAAAUUCAUUCAACAAAGUGGUGGAGAUUGUUGAGAAAAUGGUAAAGCAAGGUCUUUCUCUUGGCACACAGCUGAAUUCUCUUUUGAUAUAUCGUCUUGGCUGUGGAAGAGAAGUUACUCCUGCUGAGAAAGUGUUUGAUUUGUUGCCAGACAAAGAGAAGAGUAGUGCUGAAUAUACAGCUUUGAUUAGUGCUUACUUUUCUUGUGGGAAUGCCAGCAAGGGACUCGAAACAUUCAACAUCAUGAAAAGCAAGUGUGUAAAAAUUGCCUUGGGAACUUAUUGUGUCGUGGUAGCGGGUCUUGAAAAAUGUGGUAAGGCUCGUGAGCUAGAGCACUACAGGAAAGAAAAAAAGAGUCUGGAGGUGGAAAGGUGCUCCACAAAUAUUUCAAUGGAGGAAACCAUAUGUAAUCUUUUAUUUGCUGGGGAUUUUAUAACUCGUCGUGCUCGAUGAGAUAUACCUCCUGUAGACAUAGUUUAUGACCUGGGAUUUGGUGUGCUGCAAUUGAUUAAUCUACUGAUGCCAAGAUUCAAAAAACAAUCCGCUUUCUUGACAAUGCCUUUAGUCUACAAACAGUCCCAGGAGGAACUUUUUGUAAGUGUAGGUAUCCAUAUAUUACAGUGAUCUCAGUGGUUGGGAUUAAGUAAAAGGAUGGAAUUUUCUUGGCUGCUAAUAUGGGAGAUUGCAAAGAUGGCAGAGGUGGGCAUCGCGGUUUCUCAGCCAUACUUAUCAGGGACUGAUUUGCUGCUGAGUUAGAAGUUGAAGCUUGAGUUUUGAGGAACUCUCCCUGGCUACGACACCGGUGCUUUGUAGGCUGAGGCAUCAGUUCGAAACCUAAUUCGAUCAUCCUUUUUUUGUAGUGGUUGUAAAUCCAUCAAAUAGUAUCAAUGUUAAUAUCAAUAGAUGAGUGUUGAUGCAAAACCCUUAUCAAGAUUUGAUUUGAUUUAUGGUGGAUACUUUUGUACCCUAUGUAUGAUCAAAGGUACAUACUGUAGAAGGAUGUGAAAUGGGUCUUUGAAAAAAAAAAAGAAAAAAGUAGUAGGAUGUGAAAUGAUAGAAAGAGGGAACUGAAUUAGGGAAUUAUAAAUUUUAUUGGACCA